AAGCUGCAGUGUGAGGCAGUGCCAGCGCCCGCUCCUCAGGAGGGUCUGGCAGGCUCUGCAUUGGCAUCUGGCUCCCUGCUCUUCCAGCAGACCCCCCCCCCAUCAGACAGGAAACUUCCCGGUGCCCGGCGCACAGACAAGCCGAUAGCGGCCGGCAGUGACCCGCACGGGGACCAGGAUGGAGUCAGGUGCCCCUCCUGCCCUACAGCCCAGCGACGAUAACAGCGAGACCGAGACGGGCGGCCAGCCUGCAGCCUGGGACAAAGGAACACAAGUGCAGAUCACGGUGGCUAUAGAGGCAGCGGACGACGAGGAUGACCCGGACACCAGGGAUUUCAGAGGCGGGCUGGAAGGAGGAAGCUGCAGCGAGGACGAUUACAUCCGCGGUGACAAAUACAGUGGGGCUGCUACCAGCGGAGGAGAGAACGAUGGAGAUGAGCUUGAUCAGGACUGGCAACCUCCUGACCCGGAGCUGAUAAAGAAGCUUGUAGUACAGAUUGAAUACUACCUUUCUGAUGAGAAUUUGGAAAAAGAUGCCUUUCUAUUAAAGCAUGUGAGAAGAAACAAAAUGGGAUUUGUCAGUGUUAAAUUACUUACCUCUUUUAAAAAGGUAAAACACCUCACUCGUGACUGGCGAACCACAGCCUAUGCUUUAAGAUAUUCUGACAUACUUGAACUAAAUGAAGACAGUAGGAAAAUAAGACGAAAGACUCCGGUCCCUGUAUUUCCUAGCGAAAAUCUGCCCAGCAAGAUGCUACUGGUCUAUGAUCUUCAUUUUAUUCCCGAGCUGCAGGGUUUAAAUAAAGAACAGGAAAAUGGCAUUAUGCAGGAAAAGAUCAUGGAACAGCUCCUGAAGAGUUUUGGGACCUUUGGUGUAAUAUCAUCUAUACGUAUCCUCAAACCAGGCAGGGAUCUUCCCUCAGAUGUGAAGAGGUUUAGUAGUAGAUACUCCCAGGUAGGGACUAAAGAUUGCGCAAUAGUGGAAUUUGAAGAGGUAGAAGCGGCUAUCAAAGCACAUGAGACAUUGAGUACAGAAAAUGACACAGAUGACUGUAUUAAGGUGGUUCUGAUUGGUAUGAAACCUCCUAAGAAAAAGAUUCAGAAAGACAGGAGCAAGGAGGAAGAUUCCAAAAAUCUUCGCAAGAGCAAAUCUUUGAAUAAAAGGGUAGAGGAACUCCAGUACACAGGUGAUGAGUCCACAUCUGAACCAGAGAGUAAUCCUAACUCCCCAAUAACAGGAAGAAAAACUCAAACAAAUAACAAGCUGAGUCCCUCUGUUUACCAAAACAACCACUUGAGUCCCAAUGCAUCUCCCAGAAACAGUCCAUGGAGUAGUCCUAGUGGUCAGAGAAAAGGUGUGAAGCAUUCUCCCCUUGCGGAAAGCAUGAGCCCAGAGUUUUCCCGGAAAACCACAGAGUAUUCCUCUGAUAGUAGCAUAACCCCCUCAAGUAGCCCCUGGGUGCAGAGAAGGAGACAAGCUCAGACUGUAACACAAGAGAAAAGUCCAGCCUGUAGCCCCAUGCUAGGAAGGAAAAUACAAAAUGCUGAUGGCUUGCCGCCUGGAGUCCUGAGGCUCCCAAGAGGUCCUGAUGGAACAAAGGGAUUUCACAAUGGAAGUGAAAGGAAUAAACCCAUGCAGAGUUUAUGAAUGCCAUACACCUUUAUGAAACUGGCAAGUCACUAACCUUCAUUAUCAAACUGUCCAGCAGUGUGCUUCAGGCCAGUCCAAGAGUCCAGGUGCUGCACAUUACUUCUGCCUGGAAAGAAGUACCUGUGUUUCAUAUAGACGAAUAUAAAGUCUGUAUUUAUUUUUUUAUCUGAUUUAAUUUGUAUACAUACUUUGUACGUUUACAGCAGCGAAACUGCUUUAUAUUUUUAUUUGUUUCUAGUUUUGUUGCAAAACUAUUUUUAAUUUCGUUUUUUCUUCACUGCGUGUCUAAAGUGAUCUUACAGCAGAGGAACUGCUUAAUAUUUUUAUUUGAUUCUAGUUUUGUUUCAAAACUAUUUUUAAUUUUUUUUCUUCUUCACCUGUUCUCUAAAGCAAUGUUUCACCCUAAUGUUCACCUAAGCCCUGUUCCCAGGAGAGUAAUAUGUUGCUUAUUUCAGUGUCUUAAGGCGGAUAAUACUACUUUGAUGCAAUGCUGUUCGUAAACUUCAAAAGACAUAACUGUAUAUAAAGAAUGUAUAUUUUCUGUGAUGUGAAAUUAAAGAUACCAUAAGCAUAAACAAA